CACUCACCGGGCAGCCAAGCCCCGGCUCUCUCCCGAGUCCUGUGCUCCCAUCCGAGAUGAGCUCUGCCUCCAGCGAGCCUGGCCACGGGGAUGCCACUGCAGAGCGGUCUCCACUGGGGCUAGACACCGUGAUCCAGAGGCUGGAGGACACUGUCUUGAGUCCCAUGGCCACCAGAGAAGCCCGGACACUGACCAUUCGUGGGGCAGGCCGGCAGGCUUUGCCCACGCCUGUGCCCGCCCGAAUCCGUGAGAUCGUGGCUGGCAGCCUGGGGGACGAACCACACCAAGGGACACAGGAGCCGCUGGCCGUCGCGGCCCGUGUGCAGGAGGAGAACGAGCUCCUGCAGGAGGAGCUGUCCAGGCUGGAGAACCUGCUGACCCAGGCAGGCUCUGAGCAGGACGAGCUGGCCGGCAGAUACCAUGCACUCAGUGAGCGGCUACAGGCCCACCUGGAGAGCACAGAGGCUCGGCUCUGGAGGUCCGAGCUGGAGCACAGCGUGGACCUGGAAGAGGCCUUGGGCCGUCUGGAGGCUGCUGAGCAGAGGAGCACAGGUCUCUCCCAGGUGAACGCCCUUCUGCGGGAACAGCUGAAACAGGUGAAGAAGGCCAACGACAGGCUGACCGAGGAGCUGGCCAGGACGGCGGAUGGCAUGCUCCAUCUUCGGGGCGAGCUGGAGCUGAGGGAGGCCCAGCGCUGGACUGGUAGACAGAGCACACGCACAUGCUCAGGGGGGCCCCAGGAUCUCCUUCCCCUGUGGAGACAGGUCACCGCACUCCGCAUACAGCUGGCUGACCUGCGUGCGACCACAGAGAGGGGUCUCACGGACAUGCGAGCGGAGGCAGCCAGGAUGGCCUGGCGCCUGCAAACAGCCUGCCUGAACCUUGACUCCCACCUGCGGCUGUCUGCUGGCAGCGGGCCAGGCAGCCUGGAGCGGGGGGCCCAGCGGGCUGCACGGCUGGAGCAGCAGCUACGGGACAAGGUGCGGGAGAUGCUCCAGCUGCAGGGCCGCUGGGACGCAGAGAAGGUGGCGCUCCAGGCCAGACUCUCUGAGCAGACCCUGCUGGUGGAGAAGCUCACAGAGGAGAACUCAAAGAAGGAGACCACCCUCUCUUCCCUCAGAACACAGGUUCAGAAGCUGGUGGCCCAGGCGGAUGCCGGGGGCCCGGAGCUGGCACAGAGCGGCGGGACGGGCACCGAGGAGGCACGGGGCCAGCAGGGGUGGCCCGCACGCUCUGCGUCCCCCUACCGGGGCAUGUCCCCACUGUGGGCCCACCCCCUGGACACCCCGGAGCCUGCACUGCAGGCUGUGCAGACAGCCAUCGAAAGGCGGCAGCGUCUGGAACAGGAGCUGCGCCUGCAACUGGAGUUGUCGCAGGCGGUGGCUGCCAGGCUCCGGGAGCAGCUGUCCGAGAGCCAGCAGGAGCUGCAGGCCUCCAGGAGGCUCCUCCAGGAGCGGGCGCAGGAGCAGGGGCGGGAGCGCGAGGACCUCCUGCGCCAGCUGGAGAUGCAGAGCCGGGAGGCACAGCACUGCCGGGCAACCAGCGAGCUCCUGCGAAGAGAGAAAAGGGCUCUGGAGACUGCGGUGGACGAGAUGAGGGGGAAGGCGGCCAUUUCAGAUGCAGAGAAGCAGAGGCUGGAGGCCCAGACCGAGGAGCUGCAGAGGGGCCUCUUGCUGUGGGCAGAGCGGAAGGAAGAGCUGACGCAGCAGGCCGAGCGGGGCCGCAGGGAGCUAGAGACCAGUCAAGGGCGCCUGGAGCAGCUGGAGGAGAAGGUCUCGGGGCUUAGGAAGGAGCUGGUUUCAGCCCAGGAGGCACUGAACUCAGCCCGGCUACAGAGGGAUGUUCUGGAGAGCGAGAGGGAGGGCCUGCGCAAAGCCCUGGCCCAGGCUGAGUCCAGCAGCACUGACCUGGAACUGCUUGUGACCCGGCUGAAGUCAGAGGGAGCAGAGCAAAGGGACUCUCUGGCCAGGAUGGCGGCCCUGACAGAGGCGCUGGCUCACGACAAAGGCAACCUGAGCCACCUGGUCCUGCAGCUGGAGCAGGAACGGGACCAGCUGCGGGAGCAGCAGAAGGCACUGGAGCGGGAGCAGGCCGGAGCGCGGGAGCGGCUGGUACGGGCAGAGCAGCAGCUGGAGCUGGUGCAGACGGAGUGCGGGGGCCUGCAGCGGGCCUGUGGGCGCCUGGAGCAGCAGCUGGAGCAGCAGCUAGAGCAGCAGCUGGGGCAGGCUGCCCGCUUCCAGCUGCAGAAGGCCCAGCUGCAGGAGCAGGUGGACCAGGUCACGUGCAAGAAACAGGCCCUGGAAGAGCAGCUGGCCCAGAGCCUGCAGGACCAGGAGGCCCAGAUGGACUCUCUGCAGAGGGCCCUGCAAGAGAAGGAGGCUUUGUCUGAUGAGCUGACCCAGCUGCUGGCCAAACAGGAGGCCUUGGAGAGGCAGGUCCAGCUCACAGCUGAGGAGGCAGCUGACCUCAGGGCUGAGAGGGACUCUCUGGAGAACAGCCUCUUUGAGACCCAGCAGCUGUCCAGGCAGCUACAGGCACAGAGGGAACAGCUGGAAGGAGAGGCCCAGAGCAUGCGGCUCGCUCAGCAGGCCCUGCAAGUGGAAAUGCAGCAGCUGAAAAGUUCCUGGGAGGUCCAGGAGACAAAGCUACAGUGGGACAUGGAGAAGCUUCAGCGGCAAGUGGCGCAGCAGGAGCGGGAGGGGCAGCUGGCGCUAGAGAGUCAGGCGCUGGCCCACCAUGAGGACCUGGCUCGGCUCCAGAGGGAGAAGGAGAACUUGAGUCUGUCUCUGACAGAGGAGAAGGAAGUGGCAGCUCGCCGGUUGGAACAGGAGAAGAAGCUGGUGGCAAAGAAUGCAGCCAAGAGGGAGGCUCUGAAGGAUGAGAUUCAGAGCCUGAAGCGUGAGAGGGAUGAGAGUCUCCUCCAGCUGGAACAUGAGAUGCAACAGGCCCUGUCCCUGAAAGAAGAAGAGGGGAAGCUACUGAGGGAAGAGCUCUUCAGGUCCAUGCAGGAACUGGAGCAGGUGCGGCAGGAGGCCCAGAGCCGGCAUGAACAAGCCGAGGCCACCGUCAGCGCCACGACAGCGGAGCUGAAGGCCCUGCAGGCCCAGUUUGAGGAUGCCAUCUCUGCCCAUCAGAGAGAGGCCACGGAUUUGGGCGAGAGUCUUCGGGAGAUGGCAGCAGAGCGAAGCAACGCCAGGAGCGAAGUUGAGAGGCUGCGGGCUCAGCUGGACGAGGCCCAGGAGGGGCUGGCUGUGCUGCGCCAGGAGCUUCGGGACAGCGAGGAGAGCCGGGAGGGACUUCGCAGGGAGGUCCUGGAGGCCCAGCGGGCCCUGGGAGAUGAGGCCCGCGAGAAGGACGUGCUGCAGCGCUCCAAUGCUGAGCUGCGGGCCACCAUAUGCAGGGCUGAGAAGGAGAAGGCCAGUUUCCAGAGGUCCAAGGAGGAAGGGGAGCAGAAGGUGCUGGUCCUGGAGGAGGCCCGGGCCGUGGCCCAGAAGGAGGCCUGUGAGCUGCGGGCCAGUCUGAGGGAGGUGGAGCAGGCCCAGGCAGAUGCACGCCGGGAACUCCAGGAGCUGGGCAGACAGGUGAGCAUGCUGGAGGCUGAGAACCGGAGAAAGAGCCAAGAGGUGAUCCAGCUGCAGCAACAGAGUCAGCAGGAGGUGCUGCAGAUGCAGAGGCUGGCCGCGGAGGCCGAGGCAGCCCACGAUGGUGCCCGGAGGGAGGUCCUGAGGCUGCAGCAGAGGCUGGCAGAGGUAGAGGCUGGAGCGGAGGCCCAGAAGAAGCGGCUGGAGGCACGUCUCUGCCAGAGCCAGGGCGCCGAGCACGCUCUCCGGGCCGAGCUUCGCACCACGACCAGGAGGCUGCAGCAGGCCCGCGGGGCGGUGGAGGGGCUGCGGGCUCGCCUGGACGAGGCCUGCGGCCAGAUUCACAGGCUGGAGCAGGAGCUCGCUCAGGCUGAGGGUGCCAGGCGGGAUGCGGAGGGCCAGCUGGGCCGGCUGUGGUCCACGCUUUGCCGUGGCCUUGGGCUCCAGGGACAGAGACCCUCGGGCUCCCCCAGUAAAGGCUCAGAUGACAUCCAGGCUCGCUCCGCACAGCAGAGAGCCAGCCUCCCCGGCCGGUCCCGCUCACCACCGCGAUGGUCCUCCCCUGCACCCGGGGACCCCAGCCCAGAGGUGGACAUAGCCUCUGUGCGGGACGCCCUGUGGGACCUGGCACAGCAGCUGCGGGACACCCAGAAGGAACGAGAUGACUGGCACUUCCAGGCGGUAAGCCUGAGCGGCCAGCUGAGCAAGGUGGAGAGCGAGAGCGCCCGAGCCCAGAGCCGUGUGGAGCAGCUGCAGACGGCGCUGGCAGAGGCUGAGGGAGCUCGGCGCCAGGCAGACCGUGAGAGGAGCAGUGCGCAGGCGGCGCGGGCCCUGCGAGAGGAGGCGCUCGGAAGGCUGGAGCUGGAGCACCUGGCGAGCGUGCGGGCGGCCAGCUGGGAGAAGCGGAGGCUGCAGGAGCAACUGGACGUCCUGCACAGGGCCCUGGAUGAGAGCAAAAGUCAUGGCCAGGGCCUGGCCCAGAGAGGGAAGCUGCUGGAAGAGCAGGUCACCUGCCUGGAGUGCAGAUGCCCGGAGGCAGGGGGCACGAGGGAGCCCUUGCCACAGAUGGAGCAGGAGAUGCUGAGGAAGGAAGGGGACAUAGCCUGGCCAGGAGCCAAGAAGGAACAACCAAGGCAGGACAGGGACAGGGCCCUGAGGCCAAACCAGCAGCUGCAGGCCCUGUGGUGCCGGGACCCCACCCACCUGCGGCCAGUGACAGGCCUGGAGGAGCACAUGAGCCCAGACCUCCGUGUCCAGGUGGAGGGAGGGGUGCAGACGGGCCAGCAUCCCCGGCCGAAGGCCCUCCAGCAGCAGGGUCCCAAACCACCGCUGGGGGAUCCAACCAACCCUGGGACUCUCACACUUCCAUCCUGUUACUCCCACGGCUCACCGAACGAGGGCCAGACCGAGGAUCCCGGGACAGGUCGCCACCCUCUCUGUGCCCUUAAGGUGGCCAGUCCAAAGAAGCAGCUGGACCAGGAGGUGCCUCGUCGUCAACAAGCCCGCCUCAGCCAGGCCACCAGGGCCAGAAAGUGAGCCCGGCUGCAGAAUGGCCCCAGGCAGC